AUCACAUAAUUAAAUACAAUAUUUAUGGAUCGACAAUCUUUUUAAGUGGAUCUCAUAAACAAAAUCUUAUCCAUUGUUAUGUGUUUGUGUUCUGUGUUCAUUUUUGUAUUUAGUGUAGAAAAUUCAAUGUACAACCUAUAUUCAUUCUGGGUGCGAUGAAGAUAACACUCAAAACAAAUCCGAAUCAAACAUUAAUUUUAUUUAUUUUUAAAAUACUUUUCUAUGCACCUAACUAACACUACUCUAUAUGCAUUAGUGUAUUCAUGCAUUGAAUAUGUUUGACCUUAAUCCAACAAAGUAUAUGGUUGAGAUUUUUUUCCUUCUCCUGGUGGAGACUGCAUUGGCAGUAGACAUAUCCCUAAAUUCUGAUUGGGAGAAGGACUUGCCUGAAGAUCCAAGUGGGAGGUUUGAUGAUUUCAAGGAUUUUGUGAAGUCAAAUUUCCACAUUUGCAAAUGGAUUGCGUUGUUCAUUGUCUUUGCACAGGGAUGUUCAAUCGGAUUGGCCGCGGUUUUAAGAAGUCAUGAGAAAGAUGAGAGAAGAAAGUAUGAGAGUGAAGAUGAUUAUGCACAAGCCAGGCUUCCAUUUCUAGGGUACCCUGUGCAGCCUCUUCCUUAUACCGCUGCAGACUUGCCCUUUGACUCCAACAAGAAUGAGACAUGGAAGUUCUUAACUUCACCCAAGUAAUUCAAUGUCCUCAACUUCCCUACCAUAUCUCUCUUUUCCAUUUUUUCAGUUGAACAAGUGAAUCAAAUUGCAGCUAUUGUUUUCCAUCAGCUUCUACAAAAAUGGAUUGCUUUAUUUGAUUUUUCACAAACUGUUUUUAUUUUUAUUUUUUAGAUGAACUCAAUCCUAACGAAGUAGUUACUCUAGAAUCCAAUGAACUAUGAUUACUUAAGAUCAGCUUGGCACGUUGUGCGCCUAAGCGAAAAAAGAAAGUGCUAGCUUUGUUAUGCCAAAACCUAAAUAUUAAGUCAACAACACUUAUCAAUGCCAA